AUGGAAUAUCUCUCAAAGUCUUUGGAGGCAGCUCAAAAUACUGGCAAAAUUCAAGGCAUAAGUACAUCACAGUCUUCGACGCCAAUAAAUCAUCUUUUAUUCGCAGAUGAUUGUUUAAUGUUUUUUCAAGCCUCAGAUUCAGGUCUCCAAAUUAUUAAAGAUAUCUUAGAACAUUUUGGAAGCAUUUCUGGCCAGGUGAUUAAUUACUCAAAAUCAUCAACCUUCAUCUGUGGAGAUGUUACUAAGGAAGUUAAAUUAGAAAUUAUUCACAAGUUAGGAGUCAAAAAGUUAUGUUCUUCAGAGAAGUAUUUAGGUCUCCCUAUUCUUUUGGGUAAAUCUAAAACUAAUUCAUUUAAAUCCAUUAAAGAGGCCUACGGAAAUCGCAUUCAAGGAUGGAACUCAAAAACUCUUAAUCAGGCAGAUAGGACUACUUUGGUUAAAACGGUUUUAAAUUCCAUCCCUGCUCACUACAUGAGCAAUUUCAAAAUUCCGAAAAAUACUUUGCAGCAGUUAGACUCUCUCCAAAGGAAUUUCUGGUGGGGUCAUAUAGAUAACAAGGGAAUAAAUUUUAUUUCUUGGGAUUUUUUAUGUGUGUCUAAAGAACAUGGUGGUUUGGCUUUCCGUAAUCUUGAGAAAUAUAACUUAGCUCUGAUUACAAAACUAGCUUGGCGUCUUUGUACAAAGUCUGAUAAGCAGUGGGUUAUUAAUAUGAAGAACAAAUAUGCUCCUCAUUGUAACUUUCUGCAUCUACAACAACCACAUAAUAACUCCUCCUGGAUGUGGAAAGGAAUAGAAAAAGGAUUAGAAGUUGAGAGAAAAUAUUAUCAAUGGGAAAUAAGAUGUGGAACAAAAGCUUUAGUACGGUAUGAUAAGUGGAUUACAGGUCCGGAUGGUCCUCAAAUUCCAAGAGAAGAUUACAGGGAACCAGCUAGGAUUGUUAAGGUCUCUGACCUUAUACUAGUUAUCCCAGAAGGUGGAAUACACAAUUAG